AUGGAGCUGAGUGACCUCUUUGGGGUGGCCGGCAAGAAUGUUUUGGUCACCGGUGGUGGGCGCGGCAUCGGUGAGAUGAUCGCAGAAGGCUUGGUAGUGAACGGCUGCUUCGUCAUCAUCAGCUCCAGGGAUGCUAAGCAAUGCGAGGCGACCGCCGCGCGUCUGAACGCGCUGGGCAAGGGCAAGUGCGUGGCCUUUGGUAGCGACCUGGCGACCGCCGCCGGGAUCGAGGCGCUGGCGAAGCAGGUAAAGGAGCUCACUGGAGGCAAGCUUCACGCGCUGGUCAACAACAGUGGCAAGGCGUGGGGCGAACCUUUCGAGUCUUUUGACGUGCAGAAAGGCUUUGACGAGAUUCUUCGAAUCAACGUCACCUCACCGUUCCAUCUCACGAAGCUGUGCCUGCCCAUGCUGGAGGCACAGAGCAGCUUUGUGUGCCACGUGCAGUUUCUUCCCCACGACGGAGAGGCCCGAGGCCACCACAUUAGCUUCGACUCCUUGCCCAGGCUGCCCAGAGCCCAGGCUUCUAAGUUCAAUAAGUUAGAUAGCUUGCUAGCCGCACCUGUAGUGUCGGCCAGCGAUGGUGGAGGCUGGUGGGGAGAGAUCCACAUCCCAAAGCGGGGCAUCCACGCUCGGCUGGAACCGCGCCGCACGGACGACGACGGCCUGCCAGACAACAUACAUGAGCUUCGGGCAAUGGAGGCGUAUGAGAAGCAGACCAUUCAGCACCUUGAACGCUCCAAUCGCGAGCUGAAGGAAGAACUGGAGAAGGAAGAGGAUGCAGACUUCAGAGAAGCGAUCGCCGACAACCUGCAAGUGCUGCAGACCAAGAGGGACCGCCUCGUUAAAAUUGAGGAGAAGAUACGCGAGCUGAUGCCGCCUACAGAGAUUCCCCCCGGUCAGGCCCCGCUUGUCCAGGAAGGUGGCUACGUGCCACCCCCUGGUGGCCAGCUGCCUGCACAGGUUCGGUCGUGGGUCGCAGCCGACCGCUGCAUGUACAGCAAGGCACCUCCCUCCAUCCCAACAGCAAUGUCCUUCCAUGUUGAUGUCGAAGCAGAGAUCCUCGAGGGCCUCUGGGAGCUUUCCGAGCUUCAGCAAGACGCCGAGUUCUACCCGCAAGUUUCGCUGGAUGAAGCCGGGACCGAGCUACCUGUUGAUGUCGUGAUCGACCCGUACUACGUCUCGCAGGACCCUGACGACCCUGAGGUGCGUGACAAGAUCCCGAAGCUGCCUUCUUCUGCAGAGUUCCGUUGCAAGGUUCUUGUGCCAUCCUACUUCGCAGGAGCACUGAUCGGCAAGCGGGGAAAGAACAUGCAUCGUUUCCAGCAGUUGACUCAGUCGAACAUGAACAUGUCUGGCGUCGAUGUCUUCUUUCCAGGUACGCAAGACCGCAUGCUGACCAUCGUAGCUGCAACAAAGAUCAGCUUCGCCUUUGCUUUGCACACGGUCGUCCUGGAGAUGCUGAAAGCAUGGACGGGAUGCACACAGGCAAAUCAGAACUUUGUCCUCAAGCUUGUGGUUCCAGACUCUGCUGCUGGCCGAAUACUUGGACUUGGUGGAGCCCACCUCACUGAGAUUCAGACAACCACGGGCUGCCGCAUCAACAUCAGCCGAAGGAAUAAGGGAAUCAAGGAGCGAGUCGUUGUGCUGAUGGAUGGAAAGAGCGAAGUCCUGGUGCAAGGAGCAGUUGCUGUCCUGGAUUGCAUCCAAAAUGAUCCGCACCUACAGGAGUACAUGAACUUCAAGUAUACCGUGGAGCUACCCCUGGGAUCUUGGCAUUGCGGCAAGCUGGGCCCUGCUGAGCCAGAUGCUGUACUCAUACCUUUGGAGAGGGCCAGAGUCUUGCCGAAACGACAAAUCCUGGAAAACUUGGCCAAGGCCGCCCCGAAAGAGAUAUUGAUCCGACGCGGGAUGCUGGGUAAUAUCAAGAAGCUUCUUAAGAUGAAGACGCACGAGGCGGUUCUGGCUGCUUUGGAGGAGGCGUGGGGCAGCACACCCGAGCAGAGCGGACGCGUGAGCUGUUGGGAGGAAGGCGCAUGCUGGGCAGGGGCCCUUUGUCCGCGCCGUCUGCUUCGGCUGGUGUUCCGGGCCCCUCAAGGCGUGGUGGCCAAUGCAGCCGCCGAGGAGCCAACAGAGUUGGAUGUGCCAAAGAUGACCGAGAGGCCUUGCGUGUGGGGCGAUGGCACCCAAAGGCAGCUUGACUACAGCCGCUUCACGGCUGCAGUGGCGGAUGAGAGUGACGAGGAUGCUGAUCCAAAGUAUCCGGAGUUGACCGAGAAGGACAUUGAGGUUCCACAGAGGCCCAAGAAAAUCCUCGAGUGCCGGAACUGUGCAAGUGGAAUCCAGUCCUCGAAGCUGCGCUGUGGGCGCUGUACGAAGGCAAUCUACUGUUCAAAAGAAUGUCAGAAGCAAGACUGGAAGUUCCACCGGCGGACUUGUAAGCCACUGAGCGAAGCCGAGCGGGCGAAGCAGUCAGUGGACGAGCAAGUCUCCGCCUUGACACGCAAGGCUGCAGAGAAGGAGCAAGCUGGGCAGCUGGACCCGAAACCCGAAGCCCGAAACGCCAGUCUCCAGGAGUUCCGACGCAAGAAGUUGGACGAGUACCAGCAGAUGGUCGCCGUGCACUUGGCACGAGAUCUCGGCCCGCGCAACAUCACGGUCAACGCCAUCUCGCCAGGGCCGUUCUUCAGCAGGAUGCUGGCAAGCAACUACAGGCCGGCCUAUGAGAACUGGCAGAAUCCGGACCAUCCUGAGGUGAAGAAGUUCAAGGCGGCCAUCGCCUCUGGGAAUCCUCUGCGACGCCUCGGCGAGACGUUCGACAUUGCCGGGACAACGAUCUUCCUCAUCUCCCGGGCAGGAAGCUAUGUGAACGGCGCAACCAUCAAUGUCGACGGCGGAGUCUGGAUUGGAUCCAAGAUGUGA